AAGUAGUAUUUCUUAAUUGAUUAAAGACCUAAACUAACACCAAGAGCCUUUCAAUUUUGGGAUUUUUUUUGUUUCAUCUACUUCCUGUUGAUAAAAAGCAGAAAGGGGAACUGGACAUUUCACUUCUUCCUUUUUUUUGUAAUAGUGUAGUUUUUCUUUCCUUUACUCUUUGUUCCUCACAUGUUGCACAGUCACAGACGAUAAGGACACAAAAAGGUCCACCGAAGAUGAACACCACCCUGUCUAACUCAUCCAUCAAGUGUGUUCGGGAUACCAGCAUAACAGCUGUGGUUUUCCCAAGUCUGUACAGCAUCCUGUUUAUAGCUGCCAUGAUACUCAAUUCCCUGGCUGCAUGGAUCUUCUUCAGCAUCCCCAGCACCUCAACAUUUGUGGUCUUUCUAAAAAAUGUGGUGGUGGCUGACUUGCUGAUGACCUUGACCAUCCCUCUGAGAGUCUUAAGUGAUGCAGGUGUGGGCUCCUGGCAUUUACGCGCCUUCCACUGCCGAUACUCUGCGGUUCUCUUCUACAUCACCAUGUACAUCAGCAUCCUCUUGCUGGGCCUCAUCAGCCUGGACCGCUACCUGAAAAUAGUCAGGCCUUUUGGGAAGUGUGUCCUGCAGCGGGUCCGUGUUGGCCAGGUGCUGAGUGCAUCUGUCUGGGUGGUAAUGUUAUCUUUAGCAUUACCCAACGUUAUUCUAAGCGACCAGCCACCACGGGUCACUGGAGGCAAACUGAAGUGCUCCUCCAUGAAGAGCAAAGCCGGCCUGAUGUGGCAUGAGGGAUUCAACUACUUCUGUCAGGUGGUUUUUUGGGGCACUCUGGCCUUGAUGGUGGUUUGCUACACGUUCAUCAGCAAGAAGGUUUAUGAGUCAUACAAAGCCUCAAAGAGCAGAUCUCAGGCAGCCAGUCGGAAAACAAAGGCAAAGGUCUUUGUGGUGGUGGGGGUGUUUUUCAUCUGCUUUGCCCCCUUUCACUUUGCUCGUGUUCCCUACACCCUGACUCAGACCCGUAGCACAGCAAGUCACUGCCAAGCACUGUACAUUGCUAAGGAGACCACCUUGUGGCUAUCGGCCACUAAUAUAUGUCUGGAUCCACUUAUCUACGUGUUCUUGUGUAAGGUGUUUCGGAAAAGACUGACAGCUGCACUCUGCCGCAAGCCACUCCACAAAGGUACCAUGGAAUCUCCCACAGCAACAUCUACUCAGCUGGAGAUGUCAUAAAUAGCCCACAGUAACAAACUGUUGAAUAAUGGGAUGCCACAGUAACACAAUGGACAGUGCACAAUGGGACACAAUUAAUAACUGUAAUAGUCCAGGCAAGACGAGACACUGCCUGAAAGUGUUAUUUUACGUGUAAAUAGAAUUUUAUCUUGAUCACAAAGGUUGUAAAAAUUCUCAAAGUAAUGCAAAGUGAUGAAAAUCUGUUAAAUGGACUAUUCUGUGUAACAGAAAAAAGUCAAACAUGUCUGGCACUGGAUCAUGAAGUUUCAAGCCAGCAAUGACUAUUGUUUUUGGUACAGUACUAACCAAGCACUUCUGUGCCUUUUUUGAUAAGUCAUCCAACACAUUUCCUUAAUUAUGCUUUCUGUCACUUGCUACUUCCUUCUCUCUAAUCUUGCUCACACUGCACUUUCCCUUCACAAAAAAACAUCUUGACAGCACAUAUUCACAUUUGAUUACACAGUAAGCAAAAUGUGACCAGGGAGUAAAUGAUAACAAAAUGAGCAGGGAACAAAAGACUGCAAAUAGCCACUUCUUACAACUGUAACUUCUAUGAAAUAUAAAUAAUUAUGAUAAUAAUAAUAAUUAUAAUAAUAAAAUCAUUAUUUUUCAUACUACAAUAGUAGUAGCCAUACA